AUGGCAACAAAUUACAUCGUCUCAGCACAGAAACCAACCGUUGUCACACAUGCUGUGGUCUGCAAUUUCACUGGUCCGAAUGAUCUGAAUCUGAUUCUGGCGAAGACAAAUCGUCUCGAAAUUAUGCUCGUCACUCCAGAUGGUCUCAAACCGUAUCGAGAAGUGCCCAUAUUCGGUCGAAUCGCAACUGUCAAAGCAUUCCGGGUCAAGAGUGAGUCAAUGGAUAACAUUCUUGUGCUCACCCAAAAGUUUCAUUUGGCGAUCAUCUGUUGGGGGUCAAAUGGUGAGCUGAAAACCAGAGCCUCGGGACAUAUCGCAGAUCGUGUUGGACGUCAGUCAGAAACGGGAAUUAUCGCAUGUGUCCACUCAUCUGGGCUGAUGGCAUUUCGUCUGUAUGAUGGUUUGAUAAAAAUUAUUCAAUGGUCUGAAGGGAAAGAUCUGCGUGGUUUCAACAUUCGUUGCGAUGAUCUAUAUAUUAUCGAUUUAGAUUUCGCAGAUGAUUCGGGUUUGAAUUUGUUCUUGAAUGAUGCUUAUGGAAUUGCAAGCNUGUUUAUAAAUUUUAGAAGUCUGCACGAAUCACCAAGUAAUGAUUUGGUCGGGAUCACUUCAAAUUUAUGCAGUUCUAAAAUAUUUGUUGCAGAAAUACCAACUUUGGUAUAUAUCUAUCGUGAUCACAACGGUCGUCAUUUGAAAGCUGCUGCUAUAAAUCUUGAAGAUCGCGAGCUGAGUUCACCGCCCAUUUGGAAGCAAGAGAAUAUCGAGGCUGAAGCAUCAAUGAUAUUCUCAGUGCCACACCCAUAUGGCGGAGUUAUCGUGAUUGGUCACGAAACGAUAUCUUAUCACAAAGAAUGCAAUAAAUACGCUGCAAUAGCGCCACCUCUGAUGCAUCAGUCACAAAUCAAUUGCUACGCGAAAAUCGACCGAGAUGGUCAACGUUACUUGCUAGGAGAUUUGUCGGGAAGAAUAUUUAUGCUGCUUUUGGAUUUGAAUGUUACGAGCGAUGGAACGGCAACAGUGAAAGAUUUGAAGGUUGAAUUGUUGGGCGAGACAUCGAUCCCGGAAUGUCUGGUUUAUUUGGAUAACGGGGUGGUGUUCAUUGGGUCGAGAUUCGGCGACAGUCAGUUGGUGCGCUUAAGGAGAGAGCCAUAUCAGGAUGGUUCAUACAUAUCGUUGAUGGAUAAUUACGUGAAUUUAGCACCGAUCAGAGAUAUGGUCGUCAUCAAUACGGAUGGACAGCAACAAGUUAUCACUUGCUCAGGAGCGUUUAAAGAUGGCUCAUUGCGUGUGAUUCGUAACGGUAUCGGUAUUGAAGAGUUGGCAUCCGUCGACUUAGCUGGUGUUAAAUCACUGUUCGCAUUGAACGUUGAGUGUGAAGCGCAUAAUUAUUUGAUAGUUGGUUUCGUAGAUGAAACUCACAUUCUGAAGAUCAGUGAAGAAGAUUUAGAGGAUACGCAGUUGAAUGGUUUCACAACAACAGAGCCAACACUAUGGGCCGGUACGUUGAAGAAUGGUGCGUUGGUGCAAAUAACACCAACAAAAGUGACGAUGGUGUUGAAGAAUGAGAUAAGCAAUUGGACACCAACAUCGAGUAUCUCAGUUGUAUCCAUGAAUGAAUUGAGUGGUCAGUUGGUGUUGGGUUGUGGUAAUCAGCUGAAUUAUCUGAUGAUAGCAGAUCAGAUUAAACUGAUCGCGAGUGUGGAGUGUGAAUAUGAGGUGGCUUGCGUGGACAUCAGUUCCGUUGGCACCGAAAGUGAAUCAAAAUUAUGCGCGUUGGCCUAUUGGACAGAUAUGUCGGUAGCACUCAGGUCAUUACCGGACUUGAAAGAGAUUGUCAGAGAGAAGUGCGGUGGUGAAAUGCUGGCGAGAUCGUUGUUGAUCUCUCAGAUGGAAGGGAAUGUGUACUUGUUAGUGGCGUUGGGCGAUGGAACUCUUUAUUAUUAUCGCAUCGACAUGAAAACCGGUGCUUUAACGGAGCCAAAGAAAGCCACUCUGGGCACUCAGCCGAUCUUGCUUAAGAAGUUUACGUCGCGGGGAAUCAGAAACGUUUUUGCAUGCAGCGAUCGACCGACAGUAAUAUAUUCAUCCAAUCAAAAAGUCGUAUUUUCAAAUGUGAAUCUCAAGCUCGUAACUCAUAUGUGUGCGUUGAAUUCAACCAUCUACACAGACAGUCUCGUUUUGACUGACGGUCAAACGCUUGUGAUAGGCAGGAUAGAUGAUAUUCAAAAGUUACAUAUUCGAACGGUGCCCUUGGGUGAAAGCGUCUCACGGAUCGCUUAUCAGCCUGAGAGUGGUACGAUUGCUGUGCUCGUUCAACGGACUGAGGUGGCGUUUGUUGUUCAUUUUGUAAUUUGGUACUCUUUAUUGCAUUCGUUUAUUCAUUACAUUUUUAUUAGUGAGAAAGGAGGAUUGAGAUGUGGAUUUAUUGUCGAUUCAGAAGGUCAGCGUCAUUUUGGGCAAUGCGCAUCGAAAAUGGCAAUGAGUUCAUCAAGUAGCCAUCCGUCUAUGGCACCCACGAAUCCUGCACCACCUACCGUUGAACCUGAGGAAGUGGAGAUCUCGUCAAUAGUGGUGUUUGAUGCGAACACGUUCGAGAUCUUGCACUCACACGAGCUCGGUAAAAAGGAGUUGGCGAUGUCAAUCAAGUCGUGCACUCUGGGCAACGAUCCGCAGCCGUAUUAUGUGGUCGGAACGGCAGUUGUACAUAUGGAUGAAACUGAAGCGAAAUUGGGUCGUUUGUUGAUAUUCGAAGUGAAGACACCAACUGAGGGCGCUAGAAUGCGAUUGGUUCACGACAAAGAAGUCAAGGGCGCCGUUUACUCGAUUCAACUUCUAAUGAGUAAAUUGGUAGUGGCGAUCAACAGUUGUGUGCGAUUAUUUGAAUGGACUGCGGAUAAGGAGUUGAAGUUGGAGUGUUCUGAUUUCGAUAACGUUACGGCAUUGUAUCUGAAGACGAAGAAUGAUAUCGUGCUCGUUGGUGAUCUGAUGCGUUCUCUUUCGGUGCUUGCAUACAGACCGAUGGAAUCGAGUUUUGAAAAAAUUGCGAGAGAUUUUGUAACGAAUUGGACGACUGCAUGUGAAAUCAUUGAUAUGGAUUCUUUCAUUGGUGCCGAAGUAAUGUUUAAUUUAUUCACGUUGGUGAAGGACUGUAACGCUAUUAAUAAGGAGGAAGGCACGCGUUUACAGGAGGCGGGUAUGUACUAUUUGGGUGAGUCGGUGAAUACGUUCUGUCAUGGAUCGCUGAUUGCCACACAUAUCGAUCUAUCACCGCCGUUCACUUCACCGAUUCUUUUCGGCACUUCCGAUGGUGGUCUGGGUGUUAUCGUACAGUUAUCGCAGCCAUUUUAUAAGUAA